AUGUCAUCACCCAUGCUCCGUCUGAUUCGAACAACUGUCACAGCUUCCCGCAGCAAGAAUCGGGACAUUACAAAACGCUACAGCCUACAAAUAUCUUGCAGGGUGAAACCUAACGCGUCCAGCAAUCGAGAGGGCAUCACCGCGAUAGGGACAGAGAAAGUGGAUGUUUGCGUGGCAGCAGUCCCAAGGAACGGAGAAGCAAACACAGCUGUAUCCCGCGUCUUUUCAAAAGUGCUGAACGUCCCGAGGUCCGACGUUGGUGUCAUCCAUGGGUUGAAAUCGCGCGACAAAGUCAUAUCAAUCGCUAAUUUGGAAAUUGGAAUGGAGGGUGAAGAAGAAUAUUUACAGAGAGCUCAUCAGCAGCUACAAGAAGCGGUGGUCAAGAAGUGA